AUGCCGCUUCCUCCCCUUGAGGCCCAAUGGCCAUCGUUCACCACCACUUUGACCUCAAUAGACGCGAAGUUGCGAGGUAUCUUCAUCGAGCUCCCGAACCCACCACCGCGAAAGAGACUACUUCUGCCUAGUAUCGAAGAUGACCCUGGUCACCUCGGCUUUGGCGAGCACGAACAAGGGAUGGAGUGCCCAGAAUGUGUCAAGAACUAUCUCAAGGGGAGGUUGAAGGCCUUGCCCAAGGAGGCUUUAAAGGUUCUUCAGAUUUUCGCCGAUGAAGAAAAGCGAUGCUUGAAGCCUGAUUUUUUUAAAAAAACAUCCUCGACUACGACGUUGACGCUCGCCGUCCUCGACUUUUCCGCUGGUCAUCGCCAAUGA